UCACGCUUUAUAUUAAUUUGUGAUUAUUUUUAAUGAUUUUAACCUGGAAACUGUACUUAUUUUGGUGCAAAUGUAUAAUUACUGAACUAGAUUAUUUACGGAUGGAGUGGAGUUUGUAAGAAAGUUGUAGCGUCUUGAAUGAAAAACAUUAUUUACAUCGAGCUUCAUCUUUGAUUGGAGGUUAAGGGUGUUUGCCGUAAGGAGAAAGUAGCACCAACAUGGGGAAAGAGUCGAAAGAUAUGGAUAAGUCGACUAAUGGAAAAAACUUAGAAGAAGAAAGCAAAAAAAGAAAGAAAAGUAAAAAACACAAGAAACACAAAAGAGCAGAACAAGAAGACGACAAGGGGCACAAGAAGAAAAAGAAAUCCAAAAAGGAGAAACAGAAAAGUCCGAGGCCGGAGAGUGAGACCUCCCUCUCCGACGUGGAAGACCUCAUAAAGAAAUCUAGACAAUGUAAGAAAGCCAGUAAGGAAUCCUCAGUAGAAUCACCGGUGACAGCAUCACCGGUAAAGACAAAAAAUGGUGAUACCAAAUCGAGAAGUAAUAGCAGAAAUAGGUGUCAGCAAGAGCUAAAGGAUGAUGCGCUGGAGGUGAUAUCGUCGACGUCCGGCACGGAGAACUACCAGGAGGACUGCGCCAGCCCCGAGCUGGUGAUGGAGGACGACCUCAACCUGGAGGAGCUGAUGAAGCAGAAGGAGCUGCUGCAGGCGCGCCUCGUCGCUUACUACUCAGACAAAAGCGACGACGACACCAAAGACAGGGCCAACGAUGUGAUCUACAUCAACGACGACGAGCGCUCGCCCGCGCACAAGCGGUCCCGCCGCGACAGGGACCGCGACCCCGAGCACAGGCGGAGCAGUAAACAUAAAUCCAGUAAAGAUCGGUCAGCCGAGACCGACAAACAUAAAUCUAGACGGCAGGAAGAAGACCUGAGGGAUAUAAUAAAUAGGGAAAGUAGGAGGGAAAUGGAAAAGAAAUUGGAGGAGAGAGAUCGCGAACGGAAAGAGAGGGAACGUCGAGAACGCGAGCGAGAGAAGGAGCGGGAGAGAGACAGAGAGCGGGAGAGGGAAAGAGAGAGGGAGAGGAAACGCGACCGGGAGAGAGAGAGGGAACGCGACAGGAGGUCGUCGGAGCUGCGUGUGCGGCCGCGGGAGGCGGCUCGGCGCUGGUCGCGAUCGCGGGAGCGCUCGCCCGCGCGGCGCGACCGCCGCCCACCGGAGCGCGACCGCCGCAGCCGAGACCGCAGCCGCCACCGCUCGCGGGACAGGAGCCCUAGGGACCGCAGGGACAGGAGAAAGGCGUCGCCCAACGAGGUGGCUCACGUGGUGGCGAGCUCCAGUGACUCCGAGCUGGACAUCUCCAUCAACACGGACGAGGAGGAGGAGACGGAGGAGCAGAUCAUCGAGAACCGCCGCAAGCAGCGCGAGCAGCUCAUGAAGAGGCUAGGAGGCGGCAACGAAGCAAACCAACAGAAGUCCACCACAGAACCACCACAUAAAGAAACGACAGAUAAGGAACAUACUCCGCCGAGGAUCGACAGAACUAAGGCGAAAGAUGAAAGCGAUACACCUGUAUAUAAAGUCGAGAAGAAGGCGGAAACUCGCGCUGAGAAAAAAGUGGAAAUUAAAGAUAAUAAAGUAGAAAACAAAGUGGAAAAUAAAGCAGAUAACAACGAUAGCAAGGUAGUAGAUAACAAAGGUACCAAGCCGGCAGACAGCAGGGACAGCAAGUCGGCGCAACAGACCAACAGCGAGGCUAAAGCCGAAGCUAUUCUGAAGUCCGACAACGAAUCCAAACACAGCAUGAAGUUUGAGAAGUCGAUCAAGAGCGGCAAGUGGGACAUGUUCGCGGACCAAGACAUCCUGGACGGCAUUGAGUUACCGACGGCGGGCAAGCCCGGCAGCAAGAAUGCCAAUGAGAAUGCCUCGCUUACCGACAACUGGGAUGACGCGGAGGGCUAUUACAGGGUCCGCAUCGGCGAGACGUUGGACGGGCGCUACUCAGUGUACGGGUACACGGGGCAGGGUGUGUUCUCCAACGUGGUGCGCGCGCGCGACCAGGCGCGGGGCAACACCGACGUCGCCGUCAAGAUCAUACGGAACAACGAAAUCAUGCAUAAGACGGGUCUCCGCGAGCUGGAGAUUCUUAAGCGUCUCAACGACGCGGACCCCGAGGACAAGUUCCACUGCCUGCGGUUGUUCCGGCACUUCUUCCACAAGCGGCACCUGUGCAUGGUGCUGGAGCCGCUGUCCAUGAACCUGCGCGAGGUGCUCAAGAAGUACGGCAAGAACACCGGCAUCCACAUCAAGGCCGUCCGCAGCUACACCCAGCAGAUACUGCUCGCGCUGAAGCUCUUGAAGAAAACGGGGAUCCUACAUGCCGACAUAAAGCCGGACAACAUUCUAGUCAACGAGAGCAAGUUGGUGCUGAAGCUGUGCGACUUCGGCGCGGCGGGGCACGUGAGCGACAACGAGAUCACACCGUACCUGGUGUCGCGCUUCUACCGCGCGCCGGAGAUCAUCCUGGGCGUGCCCUACGACUACGGCAUCGACAUGUGGUCCACCGCCUGCACCAUCUACGAGCUCUCCACUGCCCGCAUCAUGUUCAGCGGCAAGUCCAACAAUGAGAUGCUCAAAUACUUCAUGGAUCUGAAAGGGAAGAUACCGAACAAAAUUGUGAAGAAGGGCAUCUUCAAGGAUCAGCACUUCGAUGGCAACUGCAACUUCUUGUAUCACGACGUCGACAAGAUCACUGAGAGGGAGAAGAUAGUGAUAAUGUCGGUGAUAAAGCCGACGCGGGAUCUGCAGGCGGAGCUGGCGCCGCCGUACCAGAAGAUCCUGCCGCCCGAGGCCAAGAAGAUCGCGCAGUUCAAAGACCUGCUCGAGCGCAUGCUUAUGCUGGACCCGGCUAAGCGCGCCUCCGUCAACCACUGCCUUGCGCAUCCCUUCAUACAGGAGAAGAUAUAGCCUGCAGAGCAGCGCACGCGCUGCACGCGAGCAGACAACCGGCCAGUGAGACACUGCCGCAGUUGACCCGACCCUGAACCUGAGGCCGAGUUAUCCACAAACACACCGCAGUGUUCGUCGCGACCACCACGUCACAACCAACGUAACCACUCUGUACAUGCAAGGAGCUUUUAUAGUCAGUAACAGAUUUCUUUUUACAUUCCCGGACAGUAUAGUUUUAAUGGAUAGUUUUUUGUUUUAUGUAAAACAAAUGAAUUCGAUCCUUAUUAAGUACAAAACAGUAACAUCUGUACAGUAUUUCUUGCAUGUUUCUUCUUAAUUACGUUGUUGACCGUAAAAUUAUGAAUUAUGAACGAAAUUAUAUGAAGUCGACAUUUUAAUAUUUUUAACUUGUAUAAGUAAAUGCUAUGAAAAUGUUGAUUACGAAUCAGAGUUCAUUAUCCAAAGUGGUUGGUUAUAUCCGUCUUCUGAAUAAAAUACUAAAUAAGUUUAAAGUGGUUACGUCUAAAGACUUAAUAUAUUAAAUGGGUAAAAUUAGGCAUUGUACUAAACGUAUAGCUACAUUUCGAAUGUGCAACAUGAUUGUUGAACUAUGACGUCAAUGUUGAUUGAUAAUAAAUUAUUUAAGUAUAUAAAA